GAGACAGUUGGAUUCCAUUGGCAACCAAAAACAAAGAUGGCUUCCACCGAUUCAGUUGAAAAACUGGCAUGAAGACUUUCAGUUGAUUUUUUCGCCUCAGAGAUCGAAAUACUCCACACAGCCAUGUCGCUGGUACAGACACCUGGGACGGAGCCGCCCAUGUACCUGCAGAGGCCGUCCUCAGGUAGAUCUCAGGACAUUUCCCACGUGUUGGCGAGCACUUUCCGCGAGCUGUUCACCCGCGACGUCGUGACACCCGACACCGUGAAGUACCUCAACACGAGUCGUCAUGGAGACGAUGUUUACCACGAGAGAUACGUGGAAGAUCUCAGGAAGAUCCAGGCAGAGCGAGAGCGGAGAAUGCAGGAAGUCUCCAUGUUGGAGCGACACAUCAUCCAGGCUCGAGCACGGGCAACCUCCGCGGAUGAGCGGGCACUGAACAGGGUCGCAGAGGGCUACAAUACUUACCACGACCUCGGGCUGCCACCAGUGCGUUCCCAUUUCUGCUACCUGCUGGACAGUGAUCUGCUGAAGAGACACGGCCUGCUGGUGCCAGAACACUUCUCUACACAGGAGCCUCCACCGCAGAAUCCUCCUGAACCGGUGGAGCUGCCCAACUACGCCCGGGACACCCUGACCUUCCACGAACACGUCUCCACCAGCCCAGUGGAUGAUGGGUAUGAUGAUCCAGACGAGCUACCUAGGAAAGAGGUGAAGAGGUCGCCCAAGACCAGGGUAACUCCGGAGGAGAGCAGACCUAAAACUAUCAAAGAAGGUCUGCGGGAGGUUUGGAAGGAAGCCAUGCCGCCGGUGUCUCGAGUCCAGGAGCGCUCGGUGCUGGCAAACCUCGAGGAGCGGCACAACUUCCUGAGGAACCCUCGUCACAUCCCGCCCUCGGCCCCACACGGAGGGAGGACUCUGGUGAAGAAGAAGAAGAAACUGCCCAAGCUGGUGGGGGGGAGGAGUGUGUAUGUGGAGGAAAGCCCUGCAGAAAAAGAGCCUGCCGUAGUUUUUGUGGCGUCUCCUUCAGAAGUCGUCUUCAGACAAUACAGCGUCGGACAAGUCUACGAGAUGAUCUUGGACUUGAAGAAUGUGACGACGGCCAGUCGACAGUGUCGAGUCAUUCCUCCUAAGACGUCUUAUUUCUCAGUUGGUCUUGGCCAGUUCCCGGGAGACCAGGGCAUCGUGGCACCGGGCAUGAGCUGCCAGUACACCGUCCGGUUCGCGCCGGACUCACUGGCGGACUAUGACGACUGUGUCCAGGUCCAGACCCAGUCUGCCACGCCCAUGUACAUCAAGAUUAAGGGCAGGAGAGAGCCCCCUGCCCUCACACUACCAUCUGUGCUAGACUGUGGGCACUGUUUAGUCGGUGGCUGCAGAGUUGUGCAGUUCCUGUGCAGGAAUGAUGGAGGGCCCGGACGCUUCUGCCUCAUGCCAAAGAACCUCUGGCCUACUGCAAACUACAGGAGCAUCUCGACCCCCGGCCGUGUGGAGCUGGCCCCGUUCGAGGUGCGACCUGCUGUGUUCCAGCUCAUGCCGGGGGAGGCCAUCCUGCUAGAGAUCCUGUUUGCACCAACGUCCAUCAAGACCUUCAACCAGGCUGUCACCAUGGUGUGUGACAACUGUCAGGUCAAGCACUUCACUGUCAAGGGUGUAGGUCAGACAGCAGGUGUGGAGAUGAUGAUGGUUGCGGGCGGGGAGAGCGAGCCGUUGCCGGGGGAGAUCCUGGACGCGACGGCCCGACAUCUUGUCCGCUUCGACUCCGUGCACCCCAUGACCUUCGCACAGCGCACCAUGGCCAUCAGGAACACCACGGACGUGGAGCUGCCGUUCCACUGGCAGAUUGUGAAGCCGACCCUGGAGCCUCCUGACGCCGGGGAGGGGGAGAAGGUGUCGGAGAACAUCGAGUGUUACCCCGACGUGGGGACGGCCUUCUCCGUCAUCCCCGAGGGUGGGGUCCUGCAGCCUAGCAACACGGAGGAGUUCCUCGUGACCUUUGCACCCACACAGGAGGAGACCAGCUACAACAGCGUCCUGCACAUGAUCCUGCACCACAUCCCGGAGGUGCCCCACCCCGAGGACGACACCCCCAGGGACAGGCCCCCCACCCCCGAGGGGAAGGUAGACAUGCACAGGCAGAAGUCGUCGGACUCGCUGGCGUCCCAGUCGUCGUCGAAAACCUCGGAGGACGGCCUGCGUCUGCGCGACGUCAUCGCAUUGGAGGUGGAGCUCAAGGGCACGUGUCGGACGUUCAACGUUCUCCUGGAUCCCUACGCCAUUAUUGUGCCGGGGCAGCUGCUCAUGUCAACUGUCGUCAAGAAGCACUUCAGGAUGAUCAACACGAGUCAGUGGAUGUUGUCCUUUUCCUGGGAGUCUCUGAGUGACCCACACAUCCUUGAGGUGGAACCACCAGCAGGGCAUAUAGAAGCAGGAGAUGUGAUGGAGAUGCAGUUGAGCAUCACUGGCGGGCGGCCGGGAGUUCUGGAGCACAGACUCCUCUGCCACAUCCAGAACAGGAGCGAACCCAUCAGUCUCUACAUCAGGGCUAACAUCAAGGGCCCUGAGGUGAUCAUCGAGACGCCAUCGCUGGACUUCGGGCUGGUGCAGCCGGGUGACGUGGUGGUUCGAGAGAUCCACAUCCGGAACACGUGCCAGAUCCGCGCCGCCUGGUCGCUGCAGGAGAGCGCCGCAUUUCUGGAGGCCGAGGACGGAAAUGUGCUGGCGAGUGAGUUUGAGCUGACCCCAUCGUCCGGCGAGCUGCCCCCUCUUGGCUCCCUCGCCGUCCGAGCAGUCUUCAAACCCGCCCGCUGUCGGAGCGUCCGAACCGUCUUCGUGCUGAUGGUACCCAACGGGCCUGACAGCCAUGUCGCAGCCCAGGUUGAGGUCCAGACGCCGCAGGUCUGUCUGAUGUCCUGCCAGCUGGUUAUCGACGAGAUCUACACCGACGUUCCCGUACGCCGCGAAAUCACGCUGCUCAACCAGACUCUUCUCGAGACCGACUUUGCAUGGGGACAGCCUGAAGGCCCCCACGCGGACCGGUGCAGUGUGGAGUUUGGGACCCCCAGCGGACACCUCGGGCCUCGGGAGAAGGUCAACAUCACUGUCACCUUCACAGGACAUACACAGUCUUGCCGUUUUGCUGUUGCAGAAGCAGGAGAUGUGAUGGAGAUGCAGCUGAGCAUCACAGGAGGGCGGCCGGGAGUUCUGGAACACAGACUCCUCUGCCACAUACAGAACAGGAGCGAACCCAUCAGCCUCUACAUCCGGGCUAACAUCAAGGGUCCUGAGGUGAUUAUCGAGACUCCGUCGCUGGACUUCGGGCUAGUGCAGCCGGGUGACGUGGGUCCUGAGGUGAUAAUCGAGACCCCGUCGCUGGACUUCGGGCUGGUGCAGCCGGGUGACGUGGUGGUUCGGGAGAUCCACAUCCGGAACACGUGCCAGAUCCGCGCCGCCUGGUCGCUGCAGGAGAGCGCAGCUUUUCUGGAGACCGAGGAUGGAAACGUGCUGGCCAGUGAGUUUGAGCUGACCCCAUCGUCCGGUGAGCUGCCUCCUCUCGGCUCCCUCGCCGUCAGAGCAGUCUUCAAACCCGCCCGCUGUCGGAGCGUCCGGACCGUCUUCGUGCUGAUGGUACCCAACGGGCCUGACAGCCAUGUUUCAGCCCAGGUUGAGGUCCAGACGCCGCAGGUCUGUCUGAUGUCCUGCCAGCUGGUUAUCGACGAGAUCUACACGGACGUUCCCGUAAGGCGGGAAAUCACGCUGCUCAACCAGACACUACUGGAGACGGACUUCACAUGGGGACAGCCUGAAGGCCCCCACGCGGACCGGUGCAGUGUGGAGUUUGGGACCCCCAGCGGACACCUCGGGCCUCGGGAGAAGGUCAACAUCACUGUCACCUUCACAGGACAUACACAGCCUGAAGGCCCCCACGCGGACCGGUGCAGUGUGGAGUUUGGGACCCCCAGCGGACACCUCGGGCCUCGGGAGAAGGUCAACAUCACUGUCACCUUCACAGGACAUACACAGGGUGAGAUCUCGGAGGUUCGGAUCCCGUGUCAGAUCCAGGGCAUGGCGGAUCCCGUGUACCUGACUGUGUUCUGCCAGGUGCGAGGCCUGACCGUGUCUUACAACGUCUCCAAGGAACCGGAACUACAGGGAGAGGAUGAGAGGAACGACUUGGUCCUGGACUUUGGGACAGAUGUAGAGAUCCACGGGAACCCUCGGCGGUUCCUCCACAUCACCAACCACACGGCCAUCGUCGCGCCCUUCUCCAUCCACGUCGACUACUUCCACGCUCGACCCCCCUCCCCACCCGGCCAGAAGGCUGGCAUAUUCCAUCCGGUCACCAAGGGCUCCCGUCGGCAGCUCCUGGGCCGCACGCCGAACAUCGCAGAUCCGCUGAGCAAGACUCCCAGCAAGUCUCAGGUGGACUUCUCUCAGGCGCUGCUGCGUGACGGGAGGGGGGCGGCGUUCCUGGUGCAGCCUGCGGCGGGCGUGCUCAUGCCCUUCCACACCGUAACCGUGGAGAUAACCUCCUACUCCGACAUCUGGGGACAGUACCAGGACCACCUCAUCUGCAAGGUGAAAGACCUUGCGCCCAUGUCCAUCCCCGUCCGCAUGACCGUGGUCGGCUGCCCGCUGAACUUCCAGAUGACGGCAGCGUUCCGCGACCAGCAGCCGGUGGUCCGGUACGGGACGCACGUGUCCGGCGUGGCGCCAAUCGCGCGGACCAUGCGUGUGAACAACCCCUGCCCCUACGCCAUCCGGCUGGACUGGCAGUCGUACAACCACAGACAGCAGGAUCCGCAGCUGCUGGACCUGAUGGUCAGCUACGGGCAGGACUUCCCGCUCAGGGACGCACACGGGGAGGAGAUCAUCCCACCAGAGUUUGGGAGCUCCAGACGACAGCUCCUUGGCCGCACGCCGAAUAUCGCCGACCCGCUGAGCAAGACUCCGAGCAAGUCUCAGGUGGACUUCUCUCAGGCACUGCUGCGUGACGGGAGGGGGGCGGCGUUCCUGGUGCAGCCUGCGGCGGGCGUGCUCAUGCCCUUCCACACCGUAACCGUGGAGAUAACCUCCUACUCCGACAUCUGGGGACAGUACAAGGACCACCUCAUCUGCAAGGUGAAAGACCUUGCGCCCGUGUCCAUCCCCGUUCGCAUGACCGUUGUCGGCUGCCCGCUGAACUUCCAGAUGACGGCAGCAUUCCGUGACCAGCAGCCGGUGGUCCGGUACGGGACGCACGUGUCCGGCGUGGCGCCGAUCGCGCGGACCAUGCGCGUGAACAACCCGUGCCCCUACGCCAUCCGGCUGGACUGGCAGUCGUACAACCACAGACAGCAGGAUCCGCAGCUGCUGGACCUGAUGGUCAGCUACGGGCAGGACUUCCCACUCAGGGACGCACAUGGGGAUGAGAUCGUUCCUCCAGAGGUUAAGGAGUCUCCAAGGAGACCAUUUGAGACGCCCGACACCCUCGGCACCACACCUGCUCUGGGGGAAGUAGUAGAGGACGAGCCAACAGACUCACCACAGGAGGAGGCACAGGCGCCGGGGAGAAGGAAGGUCGUCCUGGUUAACCUACGACCCCACGAGGGUCAGAGGGCAAACCAGCCCUAUGACAUCACCCCCAAGCAGCUGGUGAUUCCGGCCCGUAGCCAUGGCAACAUCAAGGUGACCUUCACGCCGCUGCAUAACCAGGAUGUGGACACCGGCAUCGACUGUAAUGCCUUCGCUCUGGGCUUUAUGAGUCUGGACAGCAAGGUUGCACUGAGCGUGCCCAGUAAGGUGUCGCGAGUCCAGGGGUAUCAGAUGACGCCGCUGCGUCUGGAGAUGACGGCCCACGUGAAACCGGCGCAGCUGACCCUUGAACCCGCGGACGAGGAGGGGAUGGUGUACUACACGGCAGCCAGCGACCUCAUGCAGCAAGGACAGCUGUCGUCAGAAUUCCUGAAGACGACGUCGUGCACGGUGACGAACAAGACGGAGACGCCGCUGCAGUUCCGCCUGGUCACGACCCCGCCCUUCCUGCUCACCGGGGUCGAGGUCGCGGGGGUCAGGGGUCGCGCCUUCGCUCGCACCCAGGCCAGCGGCUUCUACACACUCAACCCCAGGCAGAACAUGAAGGUGAGCCUGGCAUUCCGAGUGAGCAUGGACCUGGUGCAGCUGGUGGAUAAACUGGCGGGCUGGCGCGAGGGAGACAAGAUGUGGCUGACUCAUCACGGCGGGGAGAGGCGGCUACACUUCACACAGAACAUGGUCAUCGAGUUUAACAACGGGACAACACAGUACGGCAGGGAGAGGAGGCUGCACUUCACACAGAACAUGGUCAUCGAGUUUAACAAUGGGACAACUCAGAACCUGCCCCUGCGAGCGAGCCUGGUGGUCCCCUCCAUCAGCCUGUCCACGGAGGCGGUGGACUUCGGGGUGUGCAUGGUGGAGCAGGAGCGGGAGAUGGACAUCCUCAUUGCCAACCCCACAGCUUCAGACUGCUACUGGACAGCCACCAUCGAAAGCAGAGAUGACGACCAGGCGUUCCAGGUGAUGCCAGCUAGUGGCCUGUUGCAGGGAGCGCUCUCUCACAUCGCACAGAACAAGGCUCUACUCAAACUCAACUUUACCGCACGACACAGCAAGGCCUUCGAGUGUGUCAUCAUCUUCCAAGGGGUGCUGGGAGAGGAGGUCAGGAGGUUACAGGUCAAGGGUCAUGGGUCAUAUGACGGCAGGCACGAGGCCAUCAUGGACAUCUGAAUUCUCUCCAGUCUUAAACUUGUACAGUUUUGUUAAUCGUGGAUUUCAUUUUUUGUGUUCGUGGAAGAUUUUAACCUUUCUUCCAGUCUAAACGAGCAAAAGGAUGAUGCUUACAUUGCAUAUAAUUGUGAAUGUACAUAUUAUGAUAAGUAGGCAGCGUAUGGUCUGGUGCUGGGUGAUUAUUUCCUACUCAAGAUUGUUCUAGAUGUAACUGAGCAGGGGAGGGGGGAUUAGGUUGCAGCUUGGAGGUCAAUGGCAGUGUUCUAAACCAGUUAACAGAUGAUAUGAAUGGAACUAAUGUUUGAUUUGAAGUGUAUUUUUUUGAGAAUUGACGAUUUGUGACAGAGCAAAGUUUGUAUUACCCGGUACAUUUUUUUUCUGUGAGACAUUAUUAGUUCUGAAGGCCAAGGACAUUAAGACGGCUAAAUGUUUCAAAACCAUCAUGUCAUGCUACUCCAGUGGUUUGCUUUACUAUUCCAAUGGAACUGUACAUACUUGAGAUUGAUUAUUUCCAAGUCUUUGCGGGUUUGUAUAUUAGGAACUUGUAUAGAAUUUACAGGUGUACAUAUUGUAUGACUUUUCACUGUUACUAUGAUCGAGACCUGAAAGUUUCAGGUUGCCUUGGACGCAGUGUAUAUGCAUUAAACUUUGUUGUGAGA